AGACCCAUAUAAAACAUAAAACAUAAACAAUUUCUGCCCAUCGUUUCAGAUAAACAAACACUCAUUUCUUCUAAUCUUCCCCAUUUUUCAUUGGCAACAAACACUUGUUCAUUCAAUGCUCAAAAUCUCCCCAAAUUCUCAUUUCACCUGGCUCAAAUCUCCUCAUUUGUAAAUUAUACAUAUAUAUAGCAUCAGCAUCUUCAACUAUCAUCACAUAUUAUAGCUGAAACCGGCAUUAAACUUCGUAUGGGUACACUCACGAGCUGUAGCUUCACCAGCACACUCAAUUUAGGGUUCCGUUCAAGACCUAAUCGUAUAGAUUUCACAGACCGAUUUCGACUGUACGGCAGAAGAGAUUACACUUACAAUUUGUGGAGUAGAGAGUUAUGUUUGAGAAAGAGGCAUCAAAUUGUAGGUUUAGACAGUGAUAAUAAUAUUAAUAAUAGGGGUUUGUUUGGCGGAUUUGAGUGUUCUGCUAGUGGACGUGAUGGUGAUAAUGAUGGUGGUGGAAGUGGAGGAGAGGAUAAUGAUGUGUCUAAGGAGUCGAAUUUCGCUACGGUUUCGACCGAAGAGACUGCGGCCGGUGGCGAGGCUGAUUCGGAGAAGCCUGUGGCGGUUUCUUCUAGGCCGCCAACAAUUUCUCCAAUUGGGCCAGCAUAUAACAACUUUCAAGUUGACUCCUUUAAACUUAUGGAACUACUUGGACCAGAAAAAGUUGACCCUGCAGAUGUAAAGCUAAUAAAGGACAAACUUUUCGGUUAUUCAACUUUUUAUGUUACAAAGGAGGAAGAAUUUGGAGAUUUCGGUGAGGGUAUACUUUUUCUUGGAAACCUUAGGGGAAAUAGAGAAGUCGUUUUUGCCAAACUUCAAAGUCAGUUGGCUGAAAUAAUGGGAGAUAAGUAUAACCUAUUCAUGGUAGAGGAACCCAACUCAGAAGAUCCAGAUCCACGGGGCGGUCCACGGGUUAGCUUUGGUAUGUUAAGGAAAGAGGUUUCAGAACCCGGGCCCACAACACUUUGGCAAUAUGUUAUUGCUCUCUUGUUGUUUGUUUUGACUAUCGGUUCCUCUGUGGAGCUUGGAAUUGCAUCUCAGAUAAAUCGUCUUCCUCCUGAAGUUGUUAAGUAUUUUACGGAUCCAAAUGCCAUUGACCCGCCAGAUAUGCAACUGCUUUAUCCAUUUGUAGAAUCUGCUUUGCCAUUAGCAUAUGGAGUUUUGGGUGUCCAGUUAUUUCACGAAGUUGGGCAUUUCCUUGCUGCCUUCCCAAAGAAAGUAAAGUUAAGCAUUCCCUUUUUUAUUCCCAAUAUCACUCUUGGAAGCUUUGGGGCAAUCACUCAGUUUAAAUCAAUUCUGCCUGACAGAAAGACAAAAGUAGACAUCUCAUUAGCGGGCCCGUUCGCAGGGGCCGCACUAUCACUAUCAAUGUUUGCUGUUGGGCUGUUGCUUUCAUCAAAGCCAGACGCUGCAGCCGAUAUGGUGCAAGUUCCUAGCAUGCUUUUUCAGGGCUCUUUACUUCUUGGGCUUAUCAGUAGAGCCACAUUGGGAUACACUGCAAUGCACGGAGCCACGGUUUCGAUCCAUCCGCUUGUUAUUGCUGGCUGGUGUGGUUUGACAACUACGGCUUUCAAUAUGCUUCCAGUUGGAUGCCUUGAUGGUGGAAGAGUGGUUCAGGGUGCUUUCGGGAAGGAUGCACUUGUUGGAUUUGGUUUGACAACAUAUUCAUUACUUGGGUUCGGAGUGCUCGGCGGACCUUUAUCGCUUCCUUGGGGAUUGUAUGUGCUGAUAUGCCAGAGGGCAGCGGAAAAACCUUGCCUGAAUGAUGUGACAGAGGUUGGAACAUGGAGGAGAACCGCAGUUACAGUGGCCAUAUUUCUGGUUGUGUUAAUACUGCUACCGGUAUGGGAUGAGCUGGCAGAAGAGUUGGGUAUUGGUCUUGUAACCACAUUUUAAACGAAUAUAUAUAUAUAUAACACAAUACAAAAAUCAUACAAAGUGUAGUUUCAGAUUUAAUCAAAAGCAAGUAAUGUAUUUUUGUAA